AUGAACAAUUCCUUUGCAUCCCCCUUACUGGAAAGUACUGUUGAUUUGAUCCAUGAAAAUGUCACUUGGCUUCCAUCAAUGGAAGAUCAAAGCUGGAAUAACACCUGUGCAAAUGGCACCGAGGUCCCGGGUCCAGAGUGUGGAGGGCCAGCAGGAAUGUAUGGAAAAUGGCUGGGGCGCAAACCCCACCUUAUCGUGAAGAUUGUGCUGUGUUUCGCAUACGCAGUCAUCAUAAUGAUAUCUCUCUUUGGAAACUCGCUGGUGUGCCAAGUUUUCAUCAAGCACAAGGAAAUCAACAAAUCAACAGGCCUCCUCAUCUUCAACCUGGCAAUUUCUGACAUACUGAUAAUUCUGUUCAACAGUCCAUUUGCUCUGGCCCGAUUCCUGAGUGGACAAUGGCUCUUUGGCAGGAUCAUGUGCCAUGUCAGUCGAUUUGCCCAGUACUGCUCCCUCCAUGUCUCCACUUUAACUCUCAUGGCUGUUGCUAUGGACCGUCACCGGGUGAUUCUUCACCCAAUGAAACCAAGACUGACACAUUCCCAGUGCCUAUUGAUUGUUGCCAUAAUCUGGGUUCUUGCUGUGCUUCUUGCUCUUCCGCAUGCAAUUUAUCAGAAUCUCUUCAUUUUCAUUGGCAUGGAUGGAGCUGUCAGCAGCCACUGCCUCCCCUCUUUCCCUGGAUUCAGCAAUCGAUUUGGGAAGUACGUCGACCUGGGGACAUUUAUCUUGCUGUAUGUUUUGCCCCUUCUGGUGAUUGUGUCAGCAUAUUCUCAUCUAGGGAAGAGGUUGUGGGUCCAGAAUGCUGUCGGUGAUGCAUCUGAUCGUCAACUUAUGGCACACUACCAGAAGAGGAAGAAGAGCAUCCGGAUGCUGAUUCUUAUUGUAAUGGUUUUUGCAGUAUGUUGGUUUCCACUCAAUUGCUAUGUGGUUCUUAUUUCUAGUGCAGGUGUAGAUGCUGAGAGUGUGCUUUUCUAUGCUUUCCACUGGUUUGCCAUGAGCAGCACUUGCUACAACCCUUUCAUCUACUGCUGGCUCAACAGGAGCUUCCGUGCCAAGCUCAGAUCUAUAUUAGCUUGGUGCACGGAAUGCCUGUUGAUGCGAAGGAGCACCCCGGUUGAGCAAAUGCAAGUUCAGGAGAGUCAUGAGCUCCAGGAGCUCCAGACAUCUUCACUACUACGCGUACCUCUGGCCAUGCCAGAGCCCCCAGUACUUGAGGAUCCCAGCGUGGCUACGGGGGAUGACAAUUCACAAAUCUCUGUGCAGGGAGACUGGGAUGAUCCUGAUGCAGACAUGUCCCCGGAUGAUGAGGAGGAGUGUGAAACCCCAGAUCCUUAUUUCACUGUCCAAGUGAAUGAUUCUGUGAGAAGAGAACACAUGACCCCUUGA